UCUAUAGAUGCACACUCGAUUAUUGGUUAGACGCUAUGGUUCGUUCCCACCGCCAUCUUUGCCUUCCUAACUCAUUAAUUUAAGGCAGUUUGUUGGUUUCACUUCAAACUUUCGUCGUUCUCUUCCGAUGUGGGAUCAACUUUCUUCUUUUCUUGCUGUUCUUGUCUUCCAUUGACGUUGUGCUUUCCCAAAUUCCACCCACAAAACUAAUGAACCAACAAAAUCAAUGGAGACACAACAGUCAUGCAAGUUGAGAUUUUCCUUCAAAAAUGCAACCAUUGUUUUGUGUUUGUUCAAUUUGGUCACUGCCCUUUUCUUGCUUCAGGGCUUUUUUUCUUCUCCCAGAUCUCCUCCUAACCAUCCCAAUUCAGUUCAGCUUAGGUGUAUGAAGGAAUCUGAGGAGAUUCGGAGAGCUAUGCAACCAUUGGAGCUGAUCCGAAGAGUGAGGGAAAUUGAGCAAGAAUUGUAUGCAGAACCGGAGACAGUUCAACAAACAGUGACGAAGCAGACUGCUGCAGUCGAUCUAUCUAAUAGGUUAACCACUCUCCGCGAUUUUUCUGAUCCAGCUAGCCAAAAAGCAUUAGAAGAAUGGCGAAAGCGAAAGAUGGAACGUGCCAGAAAACGAGAAUUGGGAAGAAAUGCAACAGCUGCCUCUUAAGCGUUGAAUUCUUGAUCGAUGAUGUACAAAAAUCAGAUGUUAAUCUUGUAAUUUCUAUUCUUGUUCGUGCGAUCUUCAUGUGAAUCUAUGUACAUCGGUAGCUGAUAAGCCCUUGCCCUUGGUAUGAUUACCCGGGUUGAGGACCGAGAUCAUGCCCAAUUGAGGAAAAUGAGUUGUGUUAGAAAUGUAAAUUUGUUACAAGUUUAUGUACAUCAUGUUUCCUGAGUGAUACGAUUGAUUUACGAACGAUCUUUUAAGAGUUAGCAAUGUAGCAUCAAGGUUGUGUUUGAUAACAAGUGUUUCAUUUCAAACUAUAGUUAAUUAUUUUUCUUUAAAGAUGGUGAAAUUAGCUUCAAUUCAAAUUU